GAUAUAUUCCUGGAUUUAAUAGCAGGUAUGGCCUGUCGUUUAUGAGAGCUGUGGAAGAAGGCGGUAAGGAAUGGCGUGAGAAUCAAAGUAAACUAAGAGCACGCAGGGAUCUUACAAAAGCGCGCGCUGAGAGACGCGACUCAAGAAACCUCAUGUCUAGAGCGAGGGAGGACAACAUCGCCGCCCUCAACGAAGUCGAUCAUGCUCACGAUCAAAAUCUAGUCACGUUCAGUUACGAAAUUUCUCCCGAAAGACCACCAAUCGUUGGCUACACAGGUCAUAUACCAGGAGCGAAAGGAGAGGUAGCGCUUUCCAAAAGAUACGCUCAAGCAGCGAGAAAGGGGCUCGAAUUGAUCCGAAAAGAACGCGAAGAGAGGAGAGCCAAAUUACUAAAUGCGAAUGGUUCAUUAAACGUUUUCGAUUCUGGUCAAGUUUAUCAAUCCGAACGAACGCCAGCGUAGAUUUCUCGUGAUCGAUAAACUGAACAACAACUGACAAUCUGUUUCUGUGAACAAGGAAAACGUACGUUCAAGAUGUUUCCAAAAUUUCACGUGAUCACGUCUAAAGUUCAAUGGAACACAAUUAUUCCAUGUAGGAUUUCUUAAAAAUAUUUUCCGAGUGGAAAUGUUUUUGAAGAACUGUCUCGAAGAAUCAUAUCCGCUAUUUUUGCUUUGGAGCGAAGUGAAAUUUAGCGAAUUUCUCUGAUAUCUAUUGGAUUUCCGAAGUAACAUCAGCACAAUAAUUCAAUAUGAAUUCUGAAGCAUAGCUUCGUUCAAUUCGAUAUGUUUCGAUAAUUCUGCUCGAAGAAUGUCAAAUUCUAUAAAAAUACGUAAAACUAUAAUAAAAAGAGUAUAUAUUUAAUAAUAUACCAUCUCUAUUCUCCGUA